AUGGCAACCACAACGACGUCCCACGCUAUCCUCGGCUUUACGUCUCAUUUGCGGGAGUCCCUCAUUCUGUCACGUAGUAGAGUCGAAACAUGGGUGGAACACGAAAAGGCCCAGGCCGAUGCCGUCUACGAACGUUCGAAACAAACCCGGGCUUCCCACCAACACCGGAUCGAUCAGGCCUUGACCAAUCUGCUCGCUCUGCAGUUGGAAGGAGGUUUAGCCGUUUCGGAAACGGAAUCAACAACGAAGAAAGAAAAAAAUCUAGCCGCGCGCAAAGAAGAAUUAUUGCGAGAGCAGGAGGCCGUCGAAAGCGAGAUAGCCUCGUUGGCGAAAAAGCAAGCUCAGCGAAAAGCGCAGCUUCAGGAAUUAAAUGGGGAACGCGAGGCCGAAAAAGCCAAGGUGCAGGGGACUCGAGAACUCAAGCAGCGCGUGCAAGCUUCGAAACAAACUACACUCGAAGACUUGACCAAGGGUAUUGUUAACUACCAAUACCUUGGUAUUGACUUUCAGAAAGCCCAAGACAAUCAUAUGAAAUUUUACUUUACCCAACUGGAUCCCACACAGCCAAAACGCCAGUUUAGUUUUCUGCUCCAAGUCGACGAUGUUGACGACCAGUACAUUGUGGAUGUUUGUGAUCCUCCCAUUCCCGAACAUAUUCUGAACGAGUUGCUUUCCGAUUUGAACGCGGAUGACGAUAUGUUGCCCUUUGUGAUUGGAAUGCGUCAUGCAUUCAAAGCCCAUACUUUGGUUUAAGGAAACAAGGGAACCUUUAAUAUCUAACACAUGCGUUGCAAAACCC